AUGCUCCGCCCCGUUUAAAAAAUAAAGCAGCGCUAAGCUCUAGCAAAUAGACGCCUUAGACGACACACAUACUGAGGCCUUAGAAGCAGAGGCUUUCUUCCUAUAUCCCAAUCAGAAUGACUGCUCGACAGGACUCUGACAACCUUGCAUGGGACCGGAGCGAUGAGCUCUGGGAAGAGGCAAUGAAGCAAAUCCGAUUGUCAUCUACGUGUCGCAGAAUUGAAUCCUUUGCCCAAAGAAUGCUCGGAAAACCCGUAAAGUUAGUCACCCCAUUGAUUAUAGGCGGCUUCAAUGUGCUAUAUCCCAUUCGAAUUGAAGAUUCCGCCGAAAGGGUACUCGUUCGCCUACCCUGCCCUAGCCAGGCCGUGUUUCCCGAAGAGAAGACACUCGCAGAAGCUGCAACGGCAGCGUAUAUCAACCAAUAUACCCAACUUCCGGUUCCGAAAGUAUUCCACCAUGGUGUUGACUCCGAAAUUGGGCCGUUUAUGAUUAUUCAAGACCUAGAAUCCCGACGGGGUAUGAGCCAGGCUCUUGAGGUUCCUCGUGACGAUCCUAACGACACGCCCGUCUUGAAUCCCGACAUUUCCGAAAGCAAUCUCAAGAGGCUGUACACGAUAAUGGCACGGUGCGUGCUACAGCUUGCACAGCCUACUUUCUCGCGCAUAGGAGCUCUUGUUGAGACAAGCCCUGGGUCCUACCAGAUACAAGCGCGACCUAUCACCCUUAACAUGAACAAUAUGGCUCAACUUUCUAAUGUCCCCAAUUCAAUCUUUCCGUCCGAAGAUACGACAUAUAAGACCGCCGAUGAGUGGUACGUGGUGUUGGCCGACAUGCAGAUGGCAACACUCCUCUUCCAGCACAACGACAUAGUGGCAUCAGAGGAUGACUGCAGGACUAAGUAUGUCGCUCGCCAACUCUUUCGCAAACUAGCCAAACAAGGCCGACUAUCAAAAUUUGGGUUUGCUGAAGAUGACUGGUCUGCCUGCUCGAAGCAGGCUCGUCCGACAUUGUCGGCGCCGGACGGUUCGGGGUCUUUUCGCCUCUGGUGCGAUGAUUUUCGGCCAGUCAACGUUCUCGUUGAUGAGAAUGACCAGGUUGUUGGGGCCAUCGAUUGGGAAUUCUGCUAUGCUGGGCCGACACAGUUUGUCUUGGAUUCGCCCUGGUGGCUACUUCUCGAUGUGCCUGAGAUGUGGGAUAAUGGCAUCGAGGAUUGGACAACUGUUUACGAGAGACGGCUGAAAACCUGGCUUUCAGCGAUGGAAGAGGCAGAGAAAGACAUGGAACCAGGUUCUAUGCUGCUGUCGGCGUAUAUGCGAGAGAGCUGGGCAACGGGCCGCUUCUGGCUGAAUUAUGCCGCCAGGAGAAGCUGGGCAUUUGAUACUAUCUACUGGAAAUACCUCGAUGAAAGGUUUUUCGGCGAACGGCGAGAACAUGUCCCCACGGAAGAGCUAUGGAAGAUAAGGGCGUCUCUGUUGAGUGAAGCAGAGCGAGCAGCGAUGGAGCCCCUGGUGCAAAUCAAGAUGGAGGAAUCCAAGGAACGGCGUUUGAUCGAGUGGGACAGUGAAGAAGCAAGGCGACGCCUGGCUUCUUUUCUCUUCGACUGACCAUAUCUAGUGCCGCAUAUGGUAUAGCACAGGUUACUACGCAGUAUCAUAACAGCUUUGCGACACUACAAGCUCGUAUCCACUGUAGAGUUAAUGCGGCCGAUGGAUCGUC